CUCUAAAGAUGGCGACUACCAUAAAGUCUCCGGAUUUCUCCGUGUUGAAACAACUCUCCAAAGAACAUUUGGUACAUCUUUUGGAAUCUAUUCCUGAGAUGAAGGACCUAGUAAUAGAUCCUGAGUUAAUGAGACCCCUAGACAGGAUAGCUGGAGCUCAGCUGCUCAAGAGACAUGGAGUUGACAAGAUAUUCAAGCUGGAGAGCAACAAAUUGGAGGUCAGCGGAGACUCACGCAUGUAUUUGGUUCGACCCAGUGUUGAUAACAUCAGGAAUAUAUCAAAUCAAAUAAAAAGUGACAAGGAGAACUUCAGAAAAAAGAAGUACAAGAUUUUGUUUGUGCCUAGAAAGUUAUAUGUUUGUGAAAUGUUACUUGAACAAGAAGGAGUAUAUGGAGAUGUUGAAAUGGAAGACUUCCGGCUAGACCUCAUUGCUUUAGAUAGAGACAUCUUGUCGUUGGAGCUUCCAAGUUUUUUCAGAGACUAUUUUCUGCAUGGUGAGCAGUCUUUGCUACAUACCAUAGCCACCUCCAUUGUCAACCUGCAGUCUCUUUUUGGUACCAUACCUCAUGUGUAUGGUCUAGGCCGAUGUGCUAAGAUGGUAUGGGAUCUUGUAAAAACACUACAGUCACUACAGGGAGAGCCCCGUGCACCCAUCCGGAAUGAGAUCGGCCAUAUAUUCCUGAUUGAUCGUGAAGCUGACCUGGUGACCCCGCUGUGCACACAGACAACGUAUGAGGGACUACUGGAUGAAACAUUCGGCAUCAAAAGUGGUUAUUGUGAGUUUGGACCAGAGGUUACUGGCUCGGAAAGGAGCUUGCGACUUCUACUGAACUGUGAUGAUCAGAUUUUUGAUGAUAUUCGUGGCCGUCAUAUCUCCCAUGUAUUUGCAUAUCUCAGUGCACAGGCCAAGAUGGUACAAUCUGGCUACCAGAAAGGGAGAGGACUAAACAAUAUUGGUGACGUCAAAACAUUUGUGCAGACUGAGCUGAAAGAUUUAAAGCAACAAUACAAGUCACUUACCAUACAUAUCGGAGCUUGUGAGAGGAUACUCGAUCUCAAGAAUAAGCAGGUCAACUUUGAGGAACAGCUUCAGACAGAGCACAGUUUACUGGAAGGAAUCAACAUGAAGGAGUGUUCUACCUACAUAGAGGAACAAAUUGACAGACAGGUUGGCCCAUUGCAGGUUCCACCAGAUAAACUAUUGAGGCUGAUCUGCUUGUUGUCACUCACACAAAAUGGUCUGUCCAGCAGGGACUAUCAAACCCUCCAGACUCACUUCCUACAGAGCCACGGCCACAAGCAUCUACUAACGUUUUCCAAUCUGCGUAAGCUUGGUUUGUACACAGAGCAGCCCUCCGUGGAGGUCAGUAAACUGACCGUGACUGACGUCAAGACUAAGAUUACGGACAAGGCGAUGAUGAAGAAGACCGCGUUCCGUAUGCUGUGCAAGAAACUCAAUCUGAUUCCCAAAUCAGGAGACGUGAAUCUACGCAAUCCAGAGGAUAUGUCUUAUGUUUUCAGCGGUGCCUUCACUCCACUUACAUGUAAACUGGUUGAGCAGGUCUUAUCUAAAGGAGGUUGGGCCGGGUUAGAUGACAUCACUAAACUGCUACCAGGACCAGCGUUUGCUGAACACAAAGCACAGUCUGUCAAAGGUCGUACGAGUAACAGUCAUCAGCCUGAUACGCCGUCAGAAAAAGUAGUACUGGUCUACUUUCUUGGCGGAUGCACAUACGCAGAGAUGGCAGCACUCAGGUUGCUUGGCAAAAUAAAGGGUUACCACUUUAUAUUUGCAAUGACAGCAAUCACCAAUGGCGCUGAACUUGUCGGAUCUCUCAAUGAUGGCAAGAAAUGAACUCUGUUGAAAUUGCCAGGACUGCGAGACUAAACAUCCAUGCCGCCUCACAGAAAUCGUCUCCAAUCAGGUUUGAGAGACAAGUUCUUCAAGACUUGCUUUGGUGAUGAAGGCUCAAUGUAUCCGUCCAGGAACAGUUUCUCGAUGGAGGAUACAAACAUUGGUAAAUACUCCAUACAAAGUUUGCACAGGUACAGUUUGUUUUGUGGAAUGUCAUUUUGAUACAAGUUUGUUCAUCAGGGGAAAAAAAGGACAUGAUAUGGAUCGACCUUCAAAUCCUGUGCUGAGGUAGUGGUACAGUCUCAAAAUAUCAAACUCUACCUACAUGUACCUGAAAAUUCCACCUACAUGUACCUGAAAAUUCCACAGCCUUACCCGGUCCUGUACUUGUUCCUCCCACCAUCUUUGGGCCGAAACACAUGUUAUGACUUUCAGGUCAUUAAUCAUGGCGCUCUACAAUUAACACAGCGCCUCAUAAGAAAAACAAAAUAACAUAAGUAGAAAACAAAACAAAAGAAAAUUACAAGAGGCUCUCAGUGGGGAAACAAAAACGUUUUGAGAGACCGCUUGAAGAUCGAAAUAGACUCUGCUUCACUGACGUCACAGGGCAGUUGGUUCCAAAGCUUAGGAGCUGCAUUGAAAAAUAGAUUGUCUCCAGCCUUUUUAUAGGUGCGAGGAACAACCAAGCGUGUGAACACCCAAGGUCAUUUCAGGCCAUGUCACUUGUCGCUGUGGUGAAGUUGUUAGAAUGUAGGGCUUGCAAUCUCAAGGUUGUGGGUUCAAAUCCAGCCAGGCUAACCACUGAUAGCCCAAUGAGUAGAAUUAGUAUUGUGGUCCAGUUUGAAAGUCAAAUUUCAUUCAAAAUUGAUGGUAAGCAUGUAAUUGUUGCAUCACCUAAAAUACAGACUACACAGGUUUUCCAUGCAUGCCAUGGAGAGAUGUAAAACACAGCCAGGGUAAUUAAAUACCCACAUAGUGGUUUAACCAUGUAUAUUGUGAUGAUAAUGUCAGAUGAAUUCGGUUAAUAUUUUGGUCGUCUACAUAGAUCGAUCUACAUGUACAGCAAAAUACUGUGUAUGAUUAUUUUUAGCACUAAUUUCCAUUCCGAAAUUUGCACUAAGAACGAAGGCACAAAUAUUGAAUGCACACACUGUUACCUGAGGGAGUGCACAGUGCACACCAUUCUGAUUGUAAUACUAAUACCAAUCAAGUAAAAAAAAACACAAGGGAAGCUAACGUAACUUUUUGUUCAAUUGGGGUUGAUCAAAGUAAAAUUGACACAGUGAGAAUUGAACUUGUGCACAAAGAUGUUGACAACACAGGAAAACAACAUAGUGCUAGAUACUGUAGCUCAGUUAGAGCAGUGCAGCACCCUCAUGUUAAUCUGGAGGUCGCAUGUUUAAAUCCUGCUCGAGUCAAUUUUCUUUUUUCAUCCCCAAAAUACUAAUCAAUAAACACACAAGGCAAGAAAUAUAUGUGCAAUAUUUAAUAUAAUCGGCUGUUGUAUAAAAUCUAUAUCACAACAAAAAGCCAGUGUAUAUAUUAAAUGUUAUAAAAACCUUGAUGGAUAUAUUAUUUUGUACCGAGACACACAAAAUGAUAGAGAUUGUAAUUAUUUGUAUACAAAUUUAUUUAAUCAUGUACAACAAAUUUAUCACAAAUAUUAUUAUUUCAGUUUGGCAAACAGUGUUUUAAAGUCAUGGUACACAUUGCAGGUUGGGGUUUGCAAAAGGACCAUUGAUAAUUUUCAAUCAUUUAGAGGCGAUCACUUUCAAGCCUCUUUUUAUUGCCUUGGUGCCUUUUGAAAUGUUCAAAUACAAAAAUUCAUUUUCCUUUGAAAACUGCAUUGCCCUCACAAGUAACAAGAAUUGGGGUUGAGCGUUGGGGUGCACCAUGACUUAAAGUUGGAAACAUCAUUAAUCAAUCAUUAAUUAUCACACAAGCGCAAGCGAGUGAAAUAUGGAGAAACAGAAACGUUUCUGCAUUUCAUACACAAUGUUUCUAAAGGUCAGGGCUCAACUUCAUACAGCUGCUUAAGCUAAGAAUAAUGCUUAUCAAUUGUGUGCUAAGCAGACAUGAGCAGGAUACGAGGUACAAAUUGUACAGGUGACAUAGUAUUUUGGCUAGUAACCAUAUUCUGGUUAAUUAUAUAGGGCUGAGCUGUUUUGUGCUUAAGAGAGUAUAAUUCUUAGCAACUUUCAGCUAAAGCAAAAAAAGCAGUCACUGAUUGUAAAUGCGAGAAGGUACUUAGGCUGGUAACUUUAUUCUGAACUGCAUAUUUUUAAUGUGCUGAGACACUUGUGCUUGAGCAGCUUUAUGUACAUGUAAUUGGGCCCAGGUUGGAGAUGGGACACACAGAUGUUCAACGUUUUUCCCUAUUUCACGAGCAUGCUUGUGAUCAUUAGUUUAUCUUCAAGCAAACUUGAUACAAAGCUGUACACAUAAUUAAAACAGCAUGAUUGUACAGAUA